AUCGAGCUGGCGCAGCAAAUAAAAGUUCCGCAGACGCGAUCCAAGCAGAGAAAACCACUGUACAGCACGCGUAGACCCUCUACGCACCGCCUCCGUACAGUUUUCCUUGCACCGAACCGAGCUUAUCUCGGUCUACGUGGCGUACCAAGCUAGACGACAUCCACCAAGAUGCUUCUCAGCCGUGCGCGUCCCGCUUUGCGCAAUGUCGCCCGCCAGCAGCGCAUGCUCAGCGCGGCGCCGCAGCCCGUGUACGAGCCCCACGUCGCAUGCACCAGUGUCGAAUUCGCGUGUGCGCCGAGACGGAACCGGCCGGAUAUUUCAAAACCACCCGCCACGCCGUCGACGCGAUGCCAGCAUAGCCGCGACGCUGCCGCAACGACGCCAGAACAGCGCGACGCCGCCGCCGCGACGCCAGAAUAGCUCUGCAGCUCACCCGUCCACGAAAACGCAGGUCCCCCAGCAGAAGAUCGACGAGAACGGCGGCCUCAUGGAGUACUCCGUGGUUUACACCGACCGCGCUAUGAAUCAUAUGUCAGCGCCCUUCCAGGAGAUCAUGAACGACCUCCACACGUCGCUCACGAACGCCUACAACACGCAGCACGCCGUCAUGCUGCCCGGGUCGGGUACCUACGCCAUGGAGGCGGCGGCCCGCGCCUUCGGCCACGAGGGCGACGUCGUCGUCGUCCGCAACGGCUACUUCUCCUACCGCUGGUCCCAGCUCUUCGAGUGCAUGGGCAAGAGCGACGACCAGGUGCACGUGAUGAAAGCGAGACCGGCGAACGGCUGGUCCGACGACGAGGACCGGGGGGUGCAGCCCCCGCCCAUCGAGGAGGUCGUGGCCAAAAUCCGCGACGUGAAGCCGUCGAUGGUCUGCGCGCCGCACGUCGAGACGUCGGCGGGGAUCAUCCUCAACAAGGAGUACUGCAAGGCCAUUGGGGAUGCGUGCAAGGAGGUCGGCGCGACGUUCUGCCUCGACGGCGUCGCCUCGGGCACGGCCUGGGUCGACAUGGACUACGCGAACAUUGGGGCCUACAUCACGGCGCCCCAGAAGGGCUGGUCGGGCCCGGCGGCCGUUGGCGUCUGCAUGAUCGCAGUGCGUAAAUCAAAAUUCGCGGCGCUUCGACAUCCGACUCACUGGUUGAUUUGCCCACAGGCAUGAUGUCUGACGAGGCCGCGGAGAAGGCGUCGCACGCGCCGUCGACGUCCUUCACCGUCGACCUGCACAAAUGGAAAACCGUGAUGGGAGCUUACCGCGACGGCGGCCACAUGUACCACGCUACGAUGCCGACGGACGCCAUCAAAAUUUUCAGAGACGUGGUUCACGAGACCGAGAAGUUCGGAUUGAAGGAGGCCGAGAAGGCGACGUGGGAUUUGGGAAUGGGUGUCCGCAAGGUGCUCAAGGACAAGGGCUACACGUCCGUUGCCGCCGAGGGCUGGGAGGCGCCUGGCGUAGCCGUCGUCUACGCGAACAACGACCCGACGUACGCGGGCCACUUCAAGAACGCGCAGUUCCAGAUCGCGGCCGGCGUGCCGCUCGUGCUCGGCGAGCCGGACCACUACAACUCGUUCCGCAUCGGCCUGUUCGGCCUGGACAAGCUCAUGCACGUCGACAAGACGAUCCGCAACUUCGAGGUCGGGCUCGACGCGGUCAUGGCGGCGAAGGGCAUGUAGGUCCGUUCCCCGUGCGUAAUCUAGUAAAAAAUCUUGA